CCCGGGGCGGGGGUCCGGGCUGGUAGCCGGUGCGUUUCCAGGGUUUUCCUGAAGAAAAUGCACGCAGCGUUUCCACUAGAUGACGGCCUUUGCUUCCCCUAGGACCCGGCAGUUGGGUUGUGGAGUGUGUUACUGAUUCAUCCUCUCUCUGCCUCUGUCAUCACAGGUUUAAACUUAAACGAUCGCUCUCGGAGGAGGAGGGGACCCGCCGCGCGAUUGACAGUAUAUUCCUGCAGGCGCCGUCCCUCCGCUCCCACCCCGCGGCCGGAUUCCCGUGUCUCUGCUCCGGGCUGAAACCCGAGAAGAAAUCCUUAAAUCUCUUUCUUUACAACAAAUACGAAUCGAGAAAUCAUCGGCGUUUUGCCUUGGCGUUUCCUAUUGGAAAGAUGAAGAAGUUUUUCGACUCCAGGCGGGAGCAGGGCAGCUCUGGCCUGGGUUCAGGCUCCAGCGGAGGAGGGGGCAGCAGCUCAGGCCUGGGCAGCGGCUACAUCGGAAGGGUCUUCGGCAUCGGGAGGCAGCAGGUCACCGUGGACGAGGUGCUGGCGGAAGGUGGAUUCGCUCUCGUCUUUCUGGUGAGAACAAGCAAUGGGGUGAAAUGUGCCUUGAAACGUAUGUUUGUCAACAAUGAGCAUGACCUCCAGGUGUGCAAGAGGGAAAUCCAGAUCAUGAGGGACCUAUCAGGGCACAAGAACAUCGUGGGCUACAUUGACUCUAGUAUCAACAAUGUGAGCAGUGGCGACGUAUGGGAAGUUCUCAUUCUCAUGGACUUCUGCAGAGGAGGCCAGGUGGUAAACCUGAUGAACCAGCGUCUCCAGACAGGCUUUACAGAGAAUGAAGUUCUGCAGAUAUUCUGUGACACUUGCGAGGCUGUUGCCCGCCUGCAUCAGUGCAAAACUCCUAUUAUCCACCGGGACCUGAAGGUUGAAAAUAUCCUCUUGCAUGACCGAGGCCACUAUGUCUUGUGUGACUUUGGAAGUGCCACCAACAAAUUCCAGAAUCCACAGGCCGAGGGAGUCAAUGCAGUAGAAGAUGAAAUUAAGAAAUACACAACGUUGUCCUAUCGAGCCCCAGAAAUGGUCAACUUGUACAGUGGCAAAAUCAUCACUACGAAGGCAGACAUUUGGGCUCUUGGCUGUUUGUUGUAUAAAUUAUGCUACUUCACUUUGCCAUUUGGGGAGAGCCAGGUGGCAAUUUGUGAUGGAAGCUUCACAAUUCCCGAUAACUCCCGAUAUUCACAAGAUAUGCACUGCCUUAUUAGGUAUAUGUUGGAACCAGACCCUGACAAAAGGCCGGAUAUUUACCAGGUUUCUUACUUCUCAUUUAAACUACUCAAGAAAGAGUGCCCAGUUCCAAAUGUACAGAACUCUCCCAUUCCUGCAAAACUUCCUGAACCAGUGAAAGCCAGUGAGGCAGCUGUAAAAAAGACACAGCCAAAGGCCAGACUGACAGAUCCCAUUCCCACCACAGAGACUUCCAUCGCACCCCGCCAGAGGCCUAAGGCUGGGCAGACUCAGCCAAACCCAGGAAUCCUUCCCAUUCAGCCAGCCCUGACUCCUCGUAAGAGGGCUACUGUUCAGCCCCUACCUCAGGCUACAGGACCCAGCAAUCAGCCUGGCCUUCUAGCCAAUGUUCCCCAACCUAAAACCCAAGCCACACCUAGUCAACCUCUUCAGUCAUCUCAGACCAAGCAGCCACAAGCUCCACCCACCCCACAGCAGACACCUUCUACCCAGACCCAAGGUCUGCCCACCCAGGCCCAGGCCACACCCCAGCACCAGCAACAGCUCCUUCUCAAGCAGCAGCAGCCACAGCAGACAGCACCACAGCAGACAGCACCACAGCAGACAUCAGGCACCUUUUACCAGCAGCAGCAGGCACAGCAGCCGCAGCCACAGCAGCAGCCGCAGCAGCAGCCGCAGCAGCAGCAGCAGGCUCAGACUCAGACUCAGCAGUUUCAGGCAAUACAUCCAACAGCCCAGCAGCCAGUUACUGCACAGUUCCCUGUGGUGUCCCAGGGAGGCUCUCAGCAACAGCUGAUUCAGAACUUCUACCAGCAGCAGCAGCAGCAGCAGCAGCAGCAGCAGCAGCAGCAGCAGCAACAGCUGAUGACUCAGCAGGCUGUCCUGCAGCAGAAGACUGCUGUUGUAGUUCCACAGCCUCAGGCACAGCCGGCCGCAGCCCCACAGCCAGCUGCUGCCCAGGAGCCUGCGCAGAUUCAAGCCCCAUCAAGACAACAGCCAAAGGUUCAGACAACUCCACCCCCAACUAUCCAAGGACAGAAAGUUGGAUCUCUUACUCCUCCAUCUUCUCCCAAAACCCAACGUGGUGGGCACAGGCGGAUUCUCAGUGAUGUAACCCACAGUGCAGUCUUUGGGGUUCCUGCCAGCAAAUCAACCCAGCUGCUCCAAGCAGCUGCAGCUGAGGCCAGUCUCAAUAAAUCGAAGUCUGCAACCACCACUCCCUCAGGCUCUCCACGGACUUCACAACAGAAUGUCUCUAAUGCUUCAGAAGGCUCCACAUGGAAUCCUUUUGAUGAUGACAACUUCUCCAAACUCACAGCUGAAGAGCUGCUGAACAAGGACUUCGCCAAGCUGGGGGAAGGAAAGGUUCCUGAGAAGCUGGGUGGCUCUGCAGAGAGCUUGAUCGUAGGCUUCCAGCCAACGCAAGGAGAUGCCUUUGCCACCUCCUCGUUUUCUGUUGGAACUGCUGAGAAAAGGAAGGGUGGGCAGGCUGUGGACUCUGGCAUCCCACUCCUAAGCGUGUCUGAUCCUUUCAUUCCUCUUCAAGUACCUGAUGCUCCAGAAAAACUAAUCGAGGGACUCAAAUCUCCUGAUACUUCUCUUCUGCUCCCUGAUCUCUUGCCUAUGACAGAUCCUUUCGGCAGCACUUCCGAUGCUGUGAUUGAAAAGGCCGAUGUUGCUGUUGACAGUCUCAUACCUGGACUGGAGCCUCCUGUUGCCCAGCGCCUCCCAUCUCAGACGGAGUCUGUGACCUCGAACCGCACAGACUCUCUCACUGGGGAAGACUCUCUGCUUGACUGUUCUCUGCUUUCUAACCCCACUGCUGACCUUCUGGAAGAGUUUUCCCCCAUAGCACGCUCUGCUCCCACUCACAGAGCUGCAGAAGAUAGUAAUCUCAUCUCAGGUUUUGGUGUUGCUGAGGGCUCGGAAAAGGUGGCAGAAGAUGAGUUUGAUCCUAUUCCUGUACUGAUAACCAAAAACACACAAGGUGGGCACUCUAGAAACAGCAGUGGGAGCUCUGAGUCCAGUCUUCCCAACCUAGCCAGGUCUUUGCUGCUGGUGGAUCAGCUCAUAGACCUGUAGCCGUGAGCCAGUAGCAGACGCAGUUCUGUAACCUUCAUGCCGUAAUACACAUUUUCAUUACGGAGUUAUGAGAAAAAUGAUUUUUUUUUAAUCUGCAAAUAAGGGGCCCUCGAGCCCCUUUCUCCUACCCCUUGCCUUCUCCUAUAGAAAUGUUAAGGAACGAAAAAUCUCUGACCCUCCAGAUCCGUUCCUUGGCCAGCGCCUCUCGUUAGUUUGCUGUGUUUCCUCAUUCCCCAUCUUCAAUAGCAUUAUCUUAACUCAAGUGCUAACUGCCCUGAGCUUCACCUCUGCUGGAAUCCACUCACAGAAGCUUGACUGUCACUGAGCCUGUGAUGGACACAUUGUCUCAUUCUUGCUAGGAAUGGCCCCCAUGUCAGUCCUAUAGCCUGUCUCCAGAUGCUGAUGAAUGUGUGUCCAUUCUUGCUUUUUAUCUUGAUGCAGUAUCAUGAGGGCAUGGUAGCUAUGGCUGGCCUUACAUCCAGGCAGAAGUCUGGAGACAGGCCAAAACUAAUAGGAUGUGUUUGUGAAGAGAAAUUGGGCUCAGCUCUCGCCAGCCAACUUUGACCUUGUUUGGUAAUAGAAUGAGCCAAGGGAUCUUAUGCCCAUGCAACCUUCCCAGCGUUUGUCUAGCUAUCUGGCUUCCACUGAAUCGCGAUUUUUCAAAUCUGGAGGUGUGUCUGCAAGUGCUUGAGAUCCUUGAAUAAAUGUGUAUGUGAUAUAAAUACCAAGCAUUGCCAUCCCUCUGUGGUACCUGGCUCAAGGUGGGAUCUCAGAAUUAGACCAAAACAAGACAGUGCUGGGAACAUAAUACCUUUUACUAGAAGACUUUUCAUGGGGGGUGGAUGGGGAAGGGAAGGAAUUGUAGCAGAACAGAUGUAUUUUUCUUGUGAUUUUUUUAUUUUGAAUCAAAUAUUGUAAAUUGUGUAUAAAUGAAGAUGCUGAAUAGUUCCGUUUCCACUUGGCAUUUCAAGUCUGGCAUCAGGUGUCUGUACAGGGUUUUGAUCUCUUUCCCUUGUAUAACCACAUAGCAUUCCUACAGUGUAACACAUGGAAUUAUUUAAGUAGAGUGUAUGUCUUGCUCUAAGCUUUCAGCGGGCCUCUGUCUCUGUAGAACCAAGCAUGUUGUUUAUUUUCAGAUAAUCAGAAGUAAGUGUGCUGGGCACAGUUUGACUGUGGCUGCUUACCUUCUCUCUGGUAUUAAGUUAAAGGCUGAAGCUGACGGAAUGUGUGCAGUAGCUUCCCUUGGCUUCCUAGACUUAAGAGACCAAGCAGAGUAGCUCUUCACCAACCUUAGACUACUGUCCAUGGUUAAAUAAAGGCCUGCAGUCGCCCUACAACAUGCCCCUGUCACCCUGUGUACUUAUUCAUCAAGGUGUGUUUCAUUUCCUUAUGUGGGGAGCACUUUUGUAAAAUCACCCUUUAGAAGAGGAGUGGGCACAGAGAACCCCUUCCUCAAGUGCCAUCCUCCAGGGUUGGAAGGGAAACUCUGAGUUCAUCAGAUCUGUACAAAUAAAAUCCCACCUCUGUUGGCUUGUUCUCUGCUACUUUGAUUGUUCUUGCUCACGUUGCACUUUAAGUGGUGGGGAACCAGCAGCAACACGAGCCUGCAAACACUGCCCUCUGGAGGGCCGCCGUUGUCUCCAGCAAUGUGACAGCAGGAAGAGUGGACACUCGGUCUUCCUUCUUCCUUCUGACUUUAAAUACUUCCUGUGCCAGCUGACCUAGAUGAGCUGAGGAAAGACCUCUGCUAGAAGAAAUGGUUUCCACAAGUGAGCGAGGCAUGGUGUGCAGCAAGGAUGGAGAUAUCACGAAGAGCUUUCCACAAGUGGGCUGCAGGGAAGCAGGACUUGGCUAACCCCGUGGUGGACAGGAAAUGGUUGUGUCCUCUUUAUCGGACGUAGAAAGAAUGUAUAAACUAAUGAAGGAAAUGUUUAUUUUUAAAUAAGGAUAAUGGUUUAGGUCUGUGUUUUCAUAUUUGUUUUUUUUUUCUCAUGCAAACUGUAGCAAUAUAAUGAAGUGUUUACUUUCUCAGUUUAAUUACAGCAAUGAAGGGUGCAGCCUAGAAAUUAGGUUAAGUGUCUCUAAAAUGUUCUUUCGUGUGUCACCCAUAAUUACAUUGAGAUAUAUUGUCUAGUCAUUGGCUCAAUAAGGUUUAAUGGAGACACUAAUGAAAAUUAACAGACUCUUGCCAAGGAAGAUGGUAAUGCCUGGGUGAGAUAGCAAGAGACCUGGACUGAUUCUUCAGGAGUAAGGCAUUGGCGAGCAGAGCUAUUUUUCUGUUGAGGAAUACAUUCUGGUGACUUGGUCGGUACAGCCUUCCUUAGAUUGUUCUAACCCUAAGCUGAGCAAGUGACUUGAGAAGAGCAUAGUGUGUGGUAGCUGGAGACGCAUGGAGCAAGUCUGAACUAUAAGGGGGGCUGUGUGACUGUCUGCUGGCCCGUUUCUUUUGUCUUACCUGUGUGGGCAUGAGCUGAUGAAGGCAGGCUGGUGAGAGAAUGGGCAGGGGAAACUCAGGCUUCUGGGACCAAAGCUAGAUCCUGGCUUAUGACCUUGAACAGGCAUUUUAGUUCCCAGAGCUACUGAUGGCUUUUAACACAGAAUGAGUUUAGAUAGGUGCUAUCAGAGACAGAAACAUAGCAUCAUUAUGCUGUGUUUAGAAGGACUAUGAAGGAUCAUAUAAUCCAGAUGUCCUUCUGGUAGCUUCUGUGCUCUUGCCAUUCCUACAGUUUUCAUCAGCCUUUACUCACAGAGGAGUAGACUGAGCAAUUACUAACCUUGUUGCUAUUUGAAUUACCCGAAUAAAAGCCCACAACAAAAGCUUGGAAAUAGAUUUUUCCUUCUGUAAUAUUAAGCACACACAACCUUACCUAUUGCAGUAAAACAGAAUAUUUUUAUUAUUUUAAUCUAUAUAAUCAGGGAUUUGCUGUUAAAAUAUGGACAAAUACAUUGUGCACAUUUUUUAUUUGACCUCCUCUCUGCUGAUUGGAAGUAAUUAGUAUACCAGAAAGUGUAUCACAAAUUGGUAUUUCUCCACCCCAGAAAACCAAAUCUAAUUCCUGAAGUUUCUAAAAAUAUGGUCUUCAGAGAAGAUGAGGUAUAAAUAGUCACUCUAAGUACUAUUAUAAUUAUUAAAAUGAUUUCUGAAAUAAGCAUAUCAGAAAUGUUUAAUGUGAUUGAAUGUUCCCUUUGGAAGCAUCUGAUUUUGCUUGGGAAGUAAGUGCUGACCCUAACAAGGCAGGCCAGUUCCAUCAGAGUUGUUGAAACUCUUGUUCCUAGACAAAGCAUCACCAGAUAAGGUAGCAUGAACAUGGCUGCAUUUUUCUUAGUAGCCUAACUUAACAGCAUCUUUUUUCUUAUCUGUUUUCCCCAACACCUCUGCCUCUGAAUAACACUGAGCUAUUCCAAAAAGCAAAACCACUGAUAGAUGAAGAGCAGUUAUCACUGAAAACAUUGAAACUUCACAGGCAAUUUCUAGAGAAGACCUCAGCCAAAAGGGAUUUCAGCACCACUCUAAGUAAGGGAAGACUUAAAGAUUAUUUAAGUCUUCAAGACUUAAAUAAAGGUAACAGGUUUUUAAACUCCUGUGAAAGAGAUUGUCACUCUGCUCAUUGGCAUUUCAUAUUGGACUUGGCUCUUCCUGAUCAGAUAUGAAUUCUAGAACUUCUAUUACUAAUAAUUGAAAGAAAAAAAUCCAAAAGGUAAUCUGUUUUUAUUUGUUUUUUUGAGAUUUUUGUGGUUUGCAGUUUUCAUUUCCCAUGCUCCUCAUGAUAAAUGUUUGUUCUGAGUCAAACCAACACAGCCUUCCCCCCAGGUCAGGAUUAGUUCUGUCUUCAGCAAGGCUGUGGGAAUGAGGGGACUUUUGAGAUGGGAAUGGUAGUCCAUGCUCAGCUGAACAAAUGGAUACUGUAGACAAGCUAAAAUCCCUGUGACAAAGUUUCUCUGGCAUGCAAGAGUCUUAAAGCUUCCUGGUCUGCAAGAUGACCCAGUCUCUUGCCACUGACAUGGAGUUUGGGGAAUGACCCAGAACACUGAGUUAAGCAAUCAGAGCUGCCUGACAUAAGGUUUAGUGUGGAGUGUUUAGCGGGACACUUAAGAUACUGCAAACUAAUUUAUAUCCCUCUCUAGAGACUAAUUUUACCAGUGCAAAAUUAGACCCUUCCUUUCUGUGAUGAUAAUGUUCCCCAAGUUGAAUGUACUUGGCUUUUGUAAACUGAAUGAGUCCCAGGUGGCCUCCAUUUCAAAGUCUGUAACAAGAUAUCCUAUGUAGUUUCCCCCUGGGUUUCCUUUCUCUAUGGGGGAGGGGUGAGGCCUGUAGGCUACUUGGGUAAUGCUAACUCAUGCAGAGUUCCCACAGGGUUGACAGUUGGUCAGGGAGAAGCCUUUCCUUGGGUCUCACUUUGAUGCAGUGUCCUGGAUUCACUGUCUGUGGGUAUUCUCCUCUGCCCUGUUGGUACAUGCCUUUGUCACCUUGGAUGGAUUCUUACUUUAGGUCUUUAACUUGUCUUCCUCAGGGAAGCAAAGCAAAGUGAUGUAAUGAAGCUAUCUUGUGUGGUAAAAUGUGAAAAAUGAAUACUGCUUCGCAAGUAUUGUAUAAAUAAGUCUGUAAACAAAUUUCUUAUGUAAACAUACAGAGGAAUAAAGCUUUUAUCUGUUCA